GAAGAAAGGGAAAGGGAAGCGACGUCGUAUAGAAGAGAAACCUCAGUUGGUCCGCUGAAUUGAUGAUAGACAGCCACCUGUUCCUGUGUUGUGGCCGGCGUGACCUGUCUCCCUCAUUCUAUUCAGUAUUCACUCAGUACUCCACCAUAUUUUUCAUGUCUUUCGAUGAAACCUAUGCGAUUCAUUUUCCUUCCUUUUAUUCUUCUCUGAACUGCAUUAAGCAAAACCAAGCGCAUGUAAAUAGUGAUGGCUCCCAAUCCUUAUCCCAUGAAUCCCAUGAAUCUGAAUCUCAAUUCCAACAAGUCACCCUCCUCCACGGCCACCACCACCAUACCACCAUCCUCUCAGGAGAUUCUCGUCCGCGAAACGCUGCGUAUCAGCGCCAAUUUGGCCUCCCCGCUCCUCGAACCCACCACCAGGUUGAUUUGCUGCGAGGAAAUCGACGGCCGCCGCUGGGACUAUCUCGCUGAGACUGAUUCCUCCGGCCAAUUCAAGAAGAAUUCAUUUCGCUCUCUCACCUUGCAAACCCCUCAACCUCCAAUCGAUGGACUGAUUUCAUUCGUGAGAUCCUAUGUUGUUCCUGAAGGUUUCCCUGACAGUGUUACCCCUUCGUACGUGCCGUACAUGACAUGGAGGGCAUUAAAACACUUCUUCGGUGGAGCAAUGGGCGUUUUCACUACUCAAACCCUUUUGACUUCAGUUGGCGUCUCUAGAAACACAGCCACUCCUGGUGCUGUAGCUAUCAACUGGAUUCUCAAGGAUGGUGCUGGUCGUGUGGGAAAGAUGCUUUUUGCACGCCAAGGAAAAAAAUUUGAUUAUGAUCUCAAACAGCUGCGCUUUGCAGGUGAUCUUCUCAUGGAGCUGGGUGCCGGAGUGGAACUGGCAACUGCUGCAGUGCCACAUCUAUUUCUUCCUUUGGCUUGUGCUGCUAAUGUAGCAAAGAAUGUUGCUGCUGUCACAUCAACAUCCACUCGGACACCAAUUUACAAAGCCUUUGCUAAAGGAGAAAACAUAGGGGAUGUCACUGCAAAAGGAGAAUGUGUUGGCAAUAUAGCGGACCUGUUAGGAACUGGUUUGAGCAUAUGGAUUUCCAAAAGGAAUCCGUCGCUUGUCACCACGUUUUCCCUCCUUUCAUGUGGAUAUAUCCUUAGUUCUUAUAGAGAGGUAAAGUCUGUGGUUUUGCAUACACUUAACUCAGCAAGAUUCAGUGUGGCAGUAGAGGCCUUCCUGAAGACAGGACGAGUUCCCACUUUGCAGGAGGGCAAUAUGAAUGAGAAUAUAUUCAGUUUUCCCUGGAAAGAUAGGCCUGUUGUUCUAGGAUCAAGAAUCAAGGAGGCAUUCCGAGACCCUAGUGCAUAUGUUGCCAUAGAGCCCCUGUUCGAUAAGGAGAGGUAUAUUGUGACAUAUGACCCUUCAAAAUAUAAGGUCUAUGCUGUGCUGAAGGCUCAGGCGAAGUCAGACGAUAUUCUAAAAGCAGCAUUCCACGCUCACGUGCUCUUGAGUUUCAUAAAAUCAUCGAAUGAAAAUAAGGUCUCAUCUCAGAAGCAAAGGGAGGAUCUUAACUCAAAUGUGAUGCUCACAGUUGCUGAUCUUGAGGCUUGUAUUGCUGAUUCUUGCAAGGUCGUGGCAAAUUCUUAUGGGCUUUUCAAGAAUAAAGCUAAGGAGCAGGGUUGGGCUAUGUCAGAAUCACUUUUAAAUCCUGGUCGAGCUAGGCUGUGUCAACUUGAUAAUAGAUGAUGAUAUCAUCAUAUUCUUAGCUGGGUGCUGUCGGGUUUUGAGUACCAAAGUUCUUGGGACUGCUUAAGAUGAUAAACGAGUCAGACAAUCACCACUGUGCAAGGAGGACUUGCAAUGCUCAAGGGGAAUAAUGCUAUUGUCAUCCUUGAUCCUCAGUUCCUCACAAGAUCCAUCAUCCAUGUGAACUUUGGCAGGAUGUAUGCAUGAAUGGCAACUUUUAACAGUGAGGGUUGAUUUAGUUAUAGGAGUGAGUUGUAAGCAUGUCCGUGUAUUAUAUUACUAUAUAGAUUCCAAUGCUCUUGAAUGUUUUUACCCCAUGUCUUGCUCCAUUCUUUGUUUUCUUCCUGUUUUUGUUCUGUGUUCUCUUUUGGCUCUGGGGGGGCUAGGAUUGCUGUCUUAUAAGUUUUUCAGUUUCAAUUUUGCAGCCGAUUUCUCAGUUGUACAUGUACAAAGUACAAACCAUAAAAAGAUUGAGAUACAAUCUUCAUGUUGCAUACUUGUCGUUUUAUUUGACCAAUAAGUUAAUAAAGUUUGGAUUUUAAGUA